AUGUCAGCCUCCAAUAUCACCUCAACCCAUCCAGCUGUCUUCUUGUUGGUAGGGAUGCCAGGUUUGGAGCACCUGCACAUCUGGAUCUCCAUUCCCUUCUGUUUUGCCUACACACUGGCCCUUUUGGGCAACUGCACCCUGCUCUUCGUCAUCCACUCUGAUGCAGCCCUCCAUGAGCCCAUGUACUUCUUUCUGGCCAUGUUGGCAACCAUUGACCUGGUCCUCUCCUCUACGACACUGCCCAAAAUGCUUGCCAUAUUCUGGUUCAGGGAUAGAGAGAUCAACUUCCAUGCCUGCCUGGUUCAGCUGUUCUUUCUCCAUUCCUUCUCCAUCAUGGAGUCAGCAGUGCUAUUGGCCAUGGCCUUUGAUCGCUAUGUGGCCAUCUGCAAACCACUGCACUAUACCACAGUGCUGACCAGGCCCCUAAUCACCAGGAUUGGCACGGCUGCUGUGGCCCGGGCUGUGACACUGAUGACUCCACUCCUCCUUUCACUCAAGCGCUUCCACUACUGCCGAGGCCCAGUGAUUGCCCAUUGUUACUGUGAGCACAUGGCUGUGGUAAGACUGGCCUGUGGAGACACUAGCUUUAAUAAUAUCUAUGGCAUGGCUCUGGCCAUGUUUAUUGUUGUUCUUGAUCUGUUGUUUGUUAUCCUAUCUUAUAUCUUUAUUCUCCGGGCAGUUCUACAGCUUGCCUCUCGGGAGGCUCGCUACAAAGCAUUUGGGACAUGUGUCUCUCACAUAGGUGCCCUUCUAGCCUUCUACACACCUGCUUUUCUCUCUUCAAUCAUGCAUCGUGUGGCCCACCGGCCUGCCCCCCAUGUCCAUAUACUUUUUGCCAUUUUUUAUCUGCUUUUCCCACCCAUGGCCAACCCCAUCAUCUAUGGUGUCAAGACCAAGCAAAUUCGUGAGCGAGUCAUAGGAUUAUUUUUGAAAAAGGAUGUGUAA